AAAUUUAAUGGGAAAUUGUAAUUUCCGGUGUCACAAUUUGUUAGAUAGAUAGAUGGAUCGGGAGUAACAGGUGGUUGGUGCGCGGCUGUGAGGAUGACAAGUCAAUAGAAGCAGAUUUAUAUGCUCAGUGGAUCGAAUGAAAAAGCUUUAUCCUGGUUGAUAAGUUUAGAUCUCUCUGAAAAAUGAAAUGGAAAAUUUUCCUUCUUUUAUGUCCGUGGAAGUUGUCGGUUUUAAUUAGUUGUUUACUUCAAAUAGAACAUCCAACGAAUGCCGAAAGAUCUACUCUCCGUUUAGUUCAAAUUUUGUUUAGACAUGGAGAUCGAAGCGCGACACAUAGAUACCCACUGGACCCCAUCAAGGAGACUGACUGGCCCCAGGGAUAUGGACAACUAACAAAGCUUGGGAUGGCCCAGGAGUACAAACUGGGGCAGUCCAUGCGAAACCUGUACGUAGGAAAGUUAAACUUCCUGUCGCCGAACUACAACAGAAGCAAGGUCUUUAUGAGAAGCACAGACAUGGACAGAACUCUGAUGAGUGCGUACUGUGUGUUAGCAGGACUCUACCCUGCAGAGAACAUGUCACUGGAAUGGAACAAUACAUGGCAGCCUAUUCCUGUUCAUACUGUACCACUGACAGAGGACUAUCUGCUGAGCUCCCACGCCAUUUGUCCAUUGCUGGGCACACUGCACCAGGAAUUUAUUUCAAACAAUCAGCAAAUCAAGGAUCUUUUCAGAGAAAAUCAGUGGUUGAUACAUCACGUAGCUAAAAAUGCGGGACUUCCACCCACUCUAAACAAUCUCUUUGACGUACAGGACCCACUCUUCUGUGAGAAUACGCAUAACAUGAUCAACACGACAUCUGGAUGGUUGGCAGCCAAUGGGACGUUCCAGCACAUAAUGGCACUGAGGGACAUUCCUGUGGGUCUCACUUUUCCCACCCCCAAGAUAGCUAGACUCCGAUCCGGUGUUCUCCUCACAGAAAUUGUGUCCAAUAUGAAAGCGAAAUUAAAUAAUAAACUGGAAAAAGAAAUGCUCCUUUAUUCCGCACACGAUGACACUGUAGCUGGGUUGCUGUCAGCGCUGAAGUACUUCAGGUACCCAGAAUUCCCUGCAGUACAACCACAAUAUUCGACCUCUGUUGCCAUAGAACUCCACGAAGACAGUCCAUCAAAUUUUGUGGUGCAAGUUUACCUCAGAAAUGAAACCAACUCUUCCAAUCUUCACCAAUACCCAAUUUCUAUUCAAGGAUGCAGUGCAAGCUGUCCUUUCCCAAAGUUUACCAAGCUACUGUCUGAUAUGAUGGUGACAGACAUCAAAAAAGAAUGUAUGGUCAAAACCACAUCCAAUGGUAGCUCAGGAAAAGGCUCCGCCAAUUCGUAUGUGGGUGUGGCAAUCCUAGGAGCAUUAAGUGGACUCUUCCUGGUUAUUCUGGCCGGAACUUGCUGGAUUCACUGUAAACAGAAGAACACUACUGCCUACAGACCCAUACCCCUAAUGGAUGAAUCCUAAGAGAGAGAGAGGGGGGGUAGGGAGAGAGAGAGUAAAUACAGGCUUUAUUAACAUUUAUUUAUGAACAAGGUUUUGUUAAUUAAAGCAGUCAUCAGCCAGCCUGUAGAUAGGUGAAGUAUGUUAAAUCUAAAUCAUGUGACAUGGUGCAUUUGUUCAGCGUGUGUUGACAUCUGGAACAGCACAACUACAGAAUAAUAUAUAUAUACUGUAUUGUGUGUUUAUGUAAUGAUACAUAUACAAAAGUGCACUGGUACAUGUUCUGUGAAUUCUCAAUUAAUUGUAGCACUUAUGGUAGUGAAUUUCCCAAUCACAAAUUCAUCAACAUGUUCGUGUAAUGUAGUGCAAAUUCACAUUUUAACGGUCUUUUACACACUGCUAGUUGAAGAGUUUUCUAGUGAGCUCAAGUGAGCUUUCCUGAUCACCUGUUGUCUGUCUGUAAACUUUUCACAUUUUCAACUUCUUCUCCAGAACCACUGGGCCAAUUUUAACCUAUCUUGGCAAAAAGCAUCCUUGGUUGAAGGGCUUUCAAGUUUUUUCUGAUGAAUGGCCAUGCCCGCUUCAAAGGGGAGAUAAUCACAAAAAAAUGCAGAAAUAGGGUGGGGUCAUUUAAAAAUCUUCUUCUCAAGAACCACUGGGCCAGAAGAGCUAAAAUUUACAUGAAAGCUUCCUGACAUAGUGCAGAUUCAAGUUUGUCAAAAUCAUGGUCCCCAGGGAUAGGGUGGGCCCACUAUAGGGGAUCAAAGUUUUACCUACACAUACAUAUACGUAAAAUCUUAAAAAUCUUCUUCUCAGAAACCAUUGAGCUAAAGAAGUUUACAUUUAUAUGAAAGCUUCCUGACAUUGGCAGAUUUAAGUUUGUUAACAUCACUGCCCCAAGGGAUAGGAUGGGGCCACAAUAGGGGAUCAAAGUUUUACAUAGAAAUAUAUAGGAAAAAUCUUCUUCUGAAGAAUCACUGGGCCAGAAAAGUUUACAUUUACAUGAAAGCUUCCUGACAUAAUGCAGAUUCAGAUUUGUAAAGAUCAUGACCCCAAGGGUAGGUUUGGACCACAAUGGGUUUCAAAGAUUUACAUGUGAAUAUAUAGGGAAAAUCUUUAUAUGUGGGCCAAGGUGACUCAGGUGAGCGAUGUGGCCCAUGGGCCUCUUGUUUUGGUGUAUGUUUUUCCAAUUAGAGAGAUGGCCUGCCUAUAGAUACUAUUCUGUUUGUCAAAAUCCAAAGAUUUAGAGUUCUGAGAAAUCAUAAGAGUUGUUUCCCUUGAAAACUUCCAAUUUUAAAUGUAUGGAUUAUUUUUAAUGCUACCUACCUAGUGGACAUCAUACUUGGUUGGUUGACCUUGAAGAUUUGUUGAUACAGGGGAGGAGGGAUAUGUUUUACAAACCUAUCGUGUAUAUAAUUGAACUUGACUAUUUGGUUUUUUUUUAAGGCUUUUUAUGUUGAGUUGAAAGUAUAGUGCUAUUAUCGUAAAAUAAAACAUUGAAACAUCACAGCUUCAUUACUUACAAAACAUUGGGGAAUGCAAAUAUACACAGUUAUUGUACAUCAGGGUGAAAGUAUGACUUCCAUUAAAAAAAAACAGAUCCUUACAUCCUAUGCCUGCCCUGGACUCCACAAAUGACUGAAUUUACUUGAGGGUGCUGUAUUGGGACAUUGUUUUUUAUACUUUUUGUGUGACCAUGACUUCAUAUUCAAUCAUGGUUGUGUAUUCAUGCUGUAUGGUUAUAUUUUUUGAGAUGUUGUGUUAUUUUAACUAACUCACGUUCUUUCAGCAAGUUGAAAUGGUAUCUAUAUUUUUAGGCAGCUAUAGGCACCAUUUUAACAAGUUAUAUAAUAAUUGAUGUUUUUACUGAAUUGUUUAAAUUUGUUGAGACGCACUUUAUAUGGAUAUGCAUGACAUUGUUUUUAUACAUGUAAGAAGAUGGGUGAACAAGGCUAGGGAAAUGAUUAUUUAUCGAAAUGCAUACUAUAAACAUAUUUUCUAUCAUUUUUUCUUGUGAUAAACUGAUAUUUGAAAAUUUUGUUGUUUGACAAUGUAUUUUUUUUAAAAAUUGUUAAUAAAAUAGAGUAUAUAUUAUAAUUAGCCAUAAGAAAUAUGAAAAUAAAAGAUUUUAGAAGUGUGGAAUCCAUUACCCAAAAUGAUGGACUUACUAUUCACCUUUGUGUCCAGCGGUUUAGACCACUCAACCAGCCAUGCUUUUAUGCAUUGAAUGUAUUACUAAGAGACUUGGGAUAUCUUUACAAAACGCUGUUAUUUUGUAUAAGAUUGUUACAUCUUUCUUCUAUAUUGUGGGUCAUUGCUUCAUCUUUUGCAAGACUGGAAAAUGUACGUUAAAUUACAAAAAAUGGAGAGUUGACCGACACACAUUGAAAUUUAAUCAAACUUGACUAUAAAAUGGUAAGAUUUGACAAUUUUGACUGUGUUCUCAUUUCCACAUUUCCAAAAUUUCAAAAAUAUUUUUCCUUUAUAACAUAAUGGGAAAUAUACAUGAUACUUUAAAACUAAUCGACAAAUUCUAACUGUGUUUUAGAGAAUGAUAUUAUUUUCGUCUUUACUAUUCCACCCACUUGUAAGCACUUUUCCUGCCUUGUUCACCCAUCUUUGCAAGUGAUUCUUGUAUUUAAAGAGACAUUGUCGCAUAUUUCCCACAUCUUAAUCAUGUGUUUAUUUUAACACUUAUUGAUAUAAUGAUAGAAAUCAUAUCAAAGCUGAAAGUUUGAACAAGGUCUGUUGUUAAAGACCUGUUGGUUUGGUUCUUUUAUGUGUUAGAUAUCUAAGUGCAGAUGUACUCAAGAAAUAUAAUGACACAAUGUUUUGUGCAAUUGGAUCAGAUUUAAUGUUUUUAGGAUUUGGAAUGUUUUCAAAGCAAUUCGGAUUCCUUGAGUCUAGUCUUCCAUGUUUGAAAAACAUGCUUGUUUGCUAUUUUUAGUGUUGAAUUAUAUUUUUAUCUAAUAAAAUACAGAUUAUUGAC